AUGGCCUCGAUCCUAGGCAGCGAGGCGCUCACGCCACGCGUGGUCACCGCCGCGCUUGGCGGGCUGGCCCUGACGACCACGAUCUGGAGCUACAUUCGCGCCUGGUACCGGCUGCGACACGUCCCAGGCCCGGCGCUCGCAUCCGUCUCGUACUACUGGAUCCUCCUGACGACGACGCUGAGCGGCAAGCAGGCGGCGAACCUCGACGCCAUCAACAGGAAGUACGGGCCUCUGGCGCGCAUCGGCCCCAACGACGUCCUCACAAACGACCCCGAGGUGGUCCGGCGCAUCAACGGGGCCAGGUCGACGUACGUGCGGUCCGACUGGUACCGCUCGCUCAAGAUGGACCCGUACCACGACUCGCUCAGCAGCAUCCUCGACACCAAGGAGCACGACAAGCUCAAGGCCAAGCUGUCCUUUGGGUACGGGGGCAAGGAGAACCCGGGCAUCGAGACCGGCGUGGACGAGCAGCUCGUCGCCCUGACGCGGCUGAUCAGGGACAAGUACCUGUCCUCGUCGACGUUGCGGCCCAUGGACUUUGCGAUCAAGAUCCAGUACUUUACGCUUGACGCGCUCACGCAGGUGGCGUACGGCAAGGCGUUUGGCUUCCUCGAGGCGGACGCGGAUCUGCACGACUACAUUGCCUCCACGGCUGGACUGCUGCCGCCGCUACAUGCCGGCGCGGACGUGCCCUGGCUGGGCGACAUCCUCCUGUGGCCGCCGUUGUUGAGCAUGAUGGGGCCGAAGGCGACUGAUGAGAAGGGCUACGGAAAGAUGAUAGCCGCCGCAAGCCGCGUAGUGGCAGAACGAUUUGGCGAGGACGCCAAGGACAGAUUCGACAUGCUGGGUUCGUUUGUCCGCCACGGCGUGCCCCAGCGCGACUGUGAAGCCGAAGUGCAAUUCCAGAUCAUCGCAGGCUCCGACACCACUGCCACCGCCCUGCGCGGGACACUCUUGUCCCUGAUCACCACGCCGACCGCUUACUUUGCCCUCCAGCGCGAGAUCGACGCCGCCGUCGCGGCUGGCCAGCUGUCCUCGCCCAUCGCCACCGCCGAGGAGGGCAAGCAGCUCCCCUACCUCCAGGCCGUCAUCUACGAGGGCCUGCGCAUGCACAUCCCCUUCUCGGGCCUGGCCAUGAAGCAGGGCGACACCAUCGCCGGACACUUCCUCCCGGGAGGCGUGCGGGUGGCCGUCAACUUCCUGGGGGUGCAGCGGAGCAAGGAGGUCUUUGGGGAGGACGUGGACAUCUUCCGGCCAGAGCGCUGGCUGGGUCUGGGUGCCGAGCAGACCGUGGCCUGGAGGAACCACGUCGAGCUGGUGUUUGGCUCUGGGAGGUGGGGUUGCAGCGGGAGGAACCUGGCCUUCAUGGAGCUGAACAAGGUUUAUAUCCAGCUGCUUCGCAACUUCGAUUUCACCCUUAUCAAUCCGCGAAAGCCAAUGACUUCGAGCAAUUUUGGGAUCUUUGUCGAGAAGGAUAUGUGGGUGCGCGUCACGGAGAGGAACGUAUAG